UUUGCUCUCAUUACCUCUUUCUUUCUAAAUCAUUCAUUCUCAGAGUCUUCUUCUACACUUGGGAGAUGCUCAGGUGGGAGAAAUCAAGAAAAGAAGAGGGAUAUGGGCAUGAGCGUAAGAACCCAUCUUUCUCCUCGAGUCUUCUCGAUGAAAUUUAUCGUUCAAUAGAUGCCGGAGAGGCCGAGCGAGGAGAAUUGGGUUUGUACGGGAAAAGAAUGCAGAGGAGCAAUGGCGGUACUGUUACUGGUAAAGAAAACAGAGCAAUGGAAGAUGACGAAAUGAAGAGUCUUCAGCGAGCUUGCAUGAUCCAGAAAUGGAUGGAGAAGAAGGUUACCGACAAGGUCGUCGUCGUCGAGCACCGGAGGAAAUUGGUACCGGAGUUUAAUCAUAGAAUUAAAGCAGCACAUUACGAUCACGAUGCUCUGUUCUUCAGUUCGUCCUGUAGUUCCUCGGAUUCUAGCUUCGGAGGAUUUUCAUCCUCCGAAACUGAAUCAGCUUAUGGAGCAAAAUCACAGAGGCCUAAAUCAGUUCCGACAAGAGAACUGAGAAAAUCAGAGAAAAUAGAAAGAAUAGGGAGAACAGGGAGGCCUCCAAUUUCUCACGAACGGAGGGAAUUGCGCAUAAUCGAUGACUACCGUCACAACUCUGUUUUUACAGAGCAAGAGCCAAAGACCGACGAAUCCUUCAUCAAGUCCAAAUCUCGAGCUCUGAAGAUUUACAACAAUUUGAAGAAGGUGAAGCAGCCGAUUUCCCCCGGAGGUCGCCUCGCCACAUUCAUAAAUUCCCUUUUCACGGCGGGGAGCGCGAAGAAGUCCAAGAGCUCAUCCCCGCCGGAAAAUUUUGCCGACGACGAGAGAAAAUUCGCAGCGCCGGGGUCGAAUUGCUCGUCGGCGUCCUCGUUCUCGAGAUCGUGUCUGAGCAAAAGCUCGGGAAAAUCCUGCAAUGGGGUAAAACGGUCGGUGACAUUUUACCCAGUUAGCGUGAUCGUCGGCGAGGACUCGCGGCCGUGCGGGCAUAAAUGCUUGCACGAGGGAGAAGAUGCAAUGGAGGUACUAAAGACGGAGGCGGCAAAGGUGAGGAGAUCGCCGUCGAGGGAAAUUUUGAAAGUUAAUUAUCAUCAAGUUCAGAACAAUGAUCACUUGAUGAUGGGGGGUGAUGAUGAGGAAGAUGACGCAGCGAGCUAUUCGAGUUCUGAUCUGUUUGAGCUCGAUCAUCUUGCGUUGGUUGGAAGCAAUCACAGGUACAGGGAAGAGCUUCCGGUGUAUGAAACUACUCAUUUCGAUACCAAUCGCGCCAUUGCCCAUGGCUUGAUUGUUUGAUAUAUUACUUCUGUAGUGUAUAAGACUGAUGAAUUUAUAUAUAUGAUCGUUUAAUAUACAUGAUUUGGUGAGCUAA